AUGGCGCGUCAAAAGCUUACUUUCAAAGAACAAAUGGACGGAUUCCCCUGGGUCCAACUGAUGGUCGUGUCUUUGGUUAGGUUUAGUGAACCAAUUGCAUUUUCAUCAUUAUUUCCUUAUGUUUAUUUCAUGGUUAGAGACUUCAACAUUGCUCCCAACGAUGCUCAAGUGUCUAAGUAUUCAGGUUACUUAUCGUCAUCAUUUGCGUUAUGUCAGGUCAUAUCUGCAUACCAUUGGGGCAGAUUCUCAGAAAUGCAUGGUCGAAAAAUAACCUUGACAUGUGGGCUUGUAGGAACAUCUAUAUCACUGUUGAUAUUAGGAUUUUCACACAAUUUCUAUCAAGCUUUGGUGGCAAGAAGUUUAAUGGGAUUGUUGAAUGGUAACGUCGGUGUUAUUAGAACUAUUAUCGGUGAAAUAGCUACCGAAAGAAAGCAUCAGGCUCUAGCCUUCAGUACUAUGCCUUUAUUGUUUCAGUUUGGUGCCGUUAUUGGGCCCAUGAUUGGUGGAUUUCUUGUAUUCAGGGAUGGAACGAUGAAUGGAGUGCCACCAUGGCUCCCGCACUUCAUCAAAAAAAUAAUUAAAUCAUACCCGUACGCUUUGCCCAACGUGGUCGUAUGCAUAUUUUUGAUGUUUGGUUUAGUCAAUGCAAUCUUGUUUCUGGAAGAAACGCAUCCCGUUUUUAAAAAUAGGAAAGACUAUGGUUUAGAAGUUGGUGAUUUUAUAAAAAAGAAAAUAUUUGGUAUACAGCCCAAAAGAAGACCAUGGCAAAAGUAUAUUCAGGAUGAUUCGGAAAACGCUCAUCAUCGGCAUGAAGAUAUAAAUACCAAUGAUAUUCAAACUCAUGAAGGGGAUGAGAAUAGUCCACUAUUGGACACUGGUAACGACAGUGACAUUGAAAGCAUACAGUCCAUUGACCCUAUAUUAACAAGACGACAAUCUGUAGGUUUAAUCAGGACCUAUUCCCUGCAUGAACCAACAGAUGCUAUGCAUGCCGAUAUCGACACGGCUUCCGACGGUUGCAAAGAAAGCAGUAUAUUUCAUCACGUUUUCCACACAAAAGUAUUUUACCCAAUCUCAGUAAACUUUAUUAUGGCUUUACAUUUGAUUGUAUAUAAUGAAUUUUUGCCCGUCUUUUUAGCUUACGAUUUAGCUGUAGAUCCAGAAAAUCCUAAAAAACUAGCUUCAAAGUUUCCAUGGAAAAUAUCUGGUGGUAUAGGUUAUGAACCAGAACAAACCGGUACUCUUUUAUCGACAACCGGGAUAUUUGGUUGUUUUGUGGUUAUUUUCAUUUUCCCCGUUGUUGAUCGUAAUUUCGAUUGCUUAACAAUUUUCAGAACUCUAGUCAAGUUGUAUCCUAUUAUGUAUAUUAUGGUUCCUUACGUUAUUUUUCUGCAAGGAGAACGGAUUCCUAGCUGGUGUACCGUCGUUUAUUUGUACAUAAUCACUGGGAUAAAAACGUUUUGUGGCGCCUUGACGUCUCCACAGAUCAUGCUAUUAAUCCAUAACUCAAGCCCCUUGAGUUGUAGAUCGGUCAUUAAUGGCGCUACUAUUAGUAUUUCUGCCUCCGCUCGUUUCAUGGGUCCGCUGAUCUGGGGUUACAUUAUGUCAUGGUCUCAGCAAAAUAAUGUUGCUUGGGUCAGUUGGUGGUCAUUAAGUCUUUUUUGCAUGGUUGCACUUUACCAAAGUUACAAGAUAGCGCCCAUUGAUGAUGAUGAAAGAGAUGAUCAUCAACAGGACAGUGAAAACACACACGGUUCACAGUCAGGAUCUUCUAAUUCAAGAAUAGCACAUCGGCCCAGUUUAAGCAGCUUAAGUAAUCAACAUUGUAUCAGAUGA